UGCGAUCCGAGAUGGUACAAUUUCCGAACCAGGCCAUGAUGCAGCUGCUCAGGAUGCUCUCAAUACAACCUCUGUAGAACGUGAAAUGGCAGAUUCCAGUAUUGUUGGAAAAGUUUUUGGAACUAAAGGACGCAAUGAGAGAGGACUUGCUGACCAUAGUAAAGCAACGGCAACCAGAAUUAAAACAUCUCCUCACACAGUUAAAUAUGGACAUGGUGACAGAGUAGAAAGCAGAAGGAAAGGAAGACUCAAGGCGGAGGAUACAGAAAUUCCAGUCAUUGAUUCAAAGAAGUAUAGUCACCAUUGUCUUCAAUGUGAAGCUUCAUUUGUAUCAAAGUCCCAAUUGGAAAAGCAUAAGCAAUGGAAACAUGAAGUAAGAACACAGGAGACAGAAAUGGACAGGAAAGUUGCAAAAACAGUUGGUCGAGGUAGAGGUAAAAAAAGGGUUACUGAAAAUGCAGAAACUUCAGCAAAAAAGUGUAAGCAACAGAAGAGAGAAUUAAGUUGGCACUCAGAGAAUGGUGAAUGUGCAACACAGAACAAAGACAACAAUUUAACAAACACUAUAAAAGCUCAAGAAACUCUGACAUCCAAUGAACUGAACAAAAACAAGAAACAGAUAUCAAUCCCUGAAGAAGACCCUGAGCGAUCCAAACAUCGAAGGAAACAGAAAACACCCAAGAAGUUUACAGGGGAGCAGCCAUCUAUAUCUGGAACUUUUGGAUUGAAAGGCCUCUCAAAACAAGAUGACAAGGGAAGGGGUAGAGGCAAGAAGAAAAUUAAAAGCACUUGCACUGAAGAACUUCAAAGAAAACCUUUGGGCGUUCACAUUAAGAAAGAACCUGUCACAUAUUUACCAGGAAGUCAGGAAGAAAAGUGGCAUCAGGAAAUUACAGAAAAGGGAGAGGUUAUCUGUCCUAAUUGCAGGACUGUGCACCGAAAGACUGUUGCAGGUUUGAAGAAGCACCUGGAAAAUUGCAAAGAGCUGCAGGAUGCAUUGAAAUGCAAACAUUGCAACAAGCAGUUUAAAUCUAAAGCUGGUCUAAAGUAUCACAUGAUGGCAGAACACAACAAUAAACCUGUGAUGAAUGCAGAGAAAUUGCUGGAUGAACAACAGGAACGUGAAAGGCUCCGAAGUAUUCUUAAGCAAAUGGGAAAACUGAAAUGCCCAAAUGAGGGUUGCACAACUACAUUUACAAGCCUAAUGGGCUACCAGUACCAUAUAAAAAGAUGUGGAAAGGAGCCUGACGAUAUUGAGAAAACUGUUUUCAUUUGUGAAUAUUGCGAGAAAGAAUAUAAGUCAAAGGCCGGUCACGACCAUCAUGUAAAAUCAGAACAUACAGUGACAACAGAAGAUUCUGAUCAGAAAUCUGUUGAUGAUGAGUUCGAGAACUCAUUUGAGAGAACACCAAGUGGGCGUAUUCGACGAAGAUCUGCUCAAGUGGCUGUUUUCCAUCUUCAGGAAAUUGCAGAGGAUGAAUUGUCAAAACUUUGGACUAGAAGAAGAAAUAAAGAUGACUUGGUCCCAGAUAUCAAGAGACUUAAGUAUACUCGUCCUGGAUUCCCAACAUUCAACCCCCUACAACUGGAAAGCUGGAAAAACGAGGUCAAAGAAAAUGGUCAGAUCUGCUGCCCAAAUAAUCAUUGUGAAGCAAUUUACUCAAGUUUUUCUGGACUAAAAGCUCAUCUAGCAACGUGCACUAAGGGUGAGCAUCUAGUAGGGAAGUACAGAUGCUUGAUUUGUCAGAAGGAAUUUAGCUCAGAAAGUGGAGUUAAAUACCAUAUCAACAACUCUCAUUCCGAGAACUGGUUUAGAGCCUCAGCAGAAAUAUCACAAAAAAGCAGAAGAGAACUGAAGGUUACAAAUUCAGAGAGGAAGCAAAACACCACUGGGAAGAAGAGAGGAAGAAAGCCCAAGGAAAAAACUUCAGUGCUUUCAAGAAAGAACAAAGAGAUUGCAGGAACAAAGACUACAGACCAAAUAACCACCCAAUGUUCUCCAGGUUUGAAGAGCAAUAACAAAGUGAAAAGGAAGAAUAUCCUGCCAAGCAGCAAAAAAGGAACCAUGAACAAGAUGCAAGGAGUUGCAAAAUGAAUGUCAGUGUAAAUGUUCAGCUUUUCUGCUCUGGGGAAACAUUCGGCGGUCUCCAAGUAUCAUAAAUGAAGAAUAAUAAAAUUAAUAUAAGAUAGCACUACCUACCAGUAGCUGUUAAGUUUGACAUAUUACGUACCUGCAUUUGGGUCCAGAGAAUAAAUCAGUGUCUUGCAGAUAAAAGCCACUCCUUGCAUCUGGGUUAAAACUGAAUGGAAACAGGAUAUGAUUGUUCAGCACAAAAGAUUAUAUGGCUAUUUAAUACUGCUUUGUUACUAUAUACUGCUCUAUGACUUAAUAGAUUAUGAUUUUUUUUAUAAAAUAGACUAUUAUGGGGUAAAAGGUGUUAAAUAAAAAGAUUUGUUACGCUUUUUAACUACAUUAAAAUGUUGGUUUAUAGGUAGUUUUGGAUUGCACAUUGAUCAAAUUGGUUAUUUAUUUAUAUUGGUCAAAUUCUUUUAUUAUUUAAUAAACAAAUUUAAUAAUUAAACUGCAAUCCAGGUCUAUUAGUUUAUAUUUAUAAUUAUUUAUCAAUAUAAACUAAUGUUUUUAUAUAUAACUAUAGAACCUACGCUGUGUAUAUAUUUCCAAAUUAACUAUUAUAAAUGAUAUAAUAUACAUAUAUAUAAUAAAAUGAGGGCUGAAGGUGGAAGGGGUGAUUUUAUACGCAGGUGCCUGAGUUUCAUACCAAUAAUUGUGGGUAGCUUCCUUGAUGGCAACAUGAACUAGUAAAAUUACUCCUUGAAUAUAGUGAAUGUGGGCUCUCCUUAUUUCUUCAGUGCAUUGAAAUAAUUGCAGAAUGCCUUGGUUCAUAAUUGUAAUAUUUUCCAAUGAUUUACUGCCCAUUUUCAGGAUCUGGUAAUUCAGGAAUGAUAUGUGAGUAUUUCCAAGAAUUUGCCAUUUGGUGGCUCCUCAGCAUUUGGACAGGCACAAUUGUAUGUUGGGUUAAUAAUAAAAAUACAUACAUUAACCUUGAUGCAUUGUAAAACAGGCAGGUUAACAAUUCAAUGCCGGAGAUGGAAUCUUCUUUUCAGCUAUUCAGCAACACACACGCUAUCUGCAUUAAUUUUCAUCCCGCCACCUUCAUCCCCCUGCAUGCAGUCAGAAGUAUUGUGGAGUGGCCAAAAGAAACAUCUAAAUGAGACUGAAGCAGGAACAUCUACCAUAGUCGAAGCGCAGGAAUGUGGACAGCCGCAAACCAGAAAAAAACAAGUUUGUAAUUUCUUUGGAUUAAAUUUUCAUAAUGCUGCUUAGUUCAGUGUCUCUUUAAGCAAGAAUAAGGCACAAGAAGUAGGAUCUCUCUAUUUGAGAGCAUCGUGGGAGAACCUUCACCAAACUUAUUACAGCAGUUCAAGAAGCCAGCUCAUCAUUGCCCUCUUGAAGUCAACUAGAGAUGGGCAAUAAAUGCUUGGUACCUUCAUUUAUUAUGAGGAACCUUGAUAUCUAGCAUCAUGAACAAUGGAGGUAUGUGUUAACGUUGUGAAGCUGAAAUAAAUUCAAAUAUACAGUAUGAAUGCAUCUGUAUAAAUCAGAAGUUUUAAACAGCUGAGCCACAUGGAAAGAUUGAGCUCAGGCAAACAGUCUUUUGAUGACCAAGUAACUAUGUACUAUUUGUGUUUAUGUUUCUAAUUCAGUGGUUUGUCCUGUUUGAACUAUGUAUGCCUGGAGUUCUGCUAACAUUGCUGUCUCAUUGUUGGAUUGUUUCCAAAUCAUUAAACUAGGAUACGAUAGUAUUAACGAUAGCAUUAGUAAUUUGUGAUGCAGGCAAAAGAAUUAGAUCAUCAAUUAAAAUAUCAUGGCCUGGAAUUUCCUCUGCAUUUGCACCUGAAUGCAGAAAUAAUUAUGGGAUAUUUAAGAAAGCAGAGAGUCAGAUGGAAAUGAAUUUCCUGCAUAUCCAUGUAUGCUGAUUAUUUCACAUUUAACUUAUCACAUCCCUUGAUUGACCAAAGUUCCAAUUACGUAAACCACUACACUUCAAUUUCUCAAAUAUGUGCUUCCUUAAAAUUGCAUUUUCUUGUGUUAAUGGUGAAGAGGGGCCUGCUUGGCAGACAAUGAGAAUCCAAAUGUAGUAAUCAAAAUUUCAGAUUUAUCAGGCAACAAAGUAAUUUUCUAUGUUUCAGAUUAUUUAAGUAUCUUUUAAAAAAAAUCAUCCUCACUGAGAACUGCUUCAUGUUGAAAUACUUCUACAAUUGUGACUUCUUAUACAUAGUCAAUGGAUGGUUAAGUAAGUAUAUUGUUAAAUUUUAAAACUCAGAAAGACUUGCCAAUGUGGGUUUGCUGUUUCCUCAGAUUGCAAAUGUAUAUGCUGAUCUAUUGACAUUCAUACUCAUAAGUUCAAGUACAUUGUAAUAGGAUUGUAAAAAUACUUGAUAUAACUCAACAUCAGCAAAGGAUACAAUUUAACUUCAGCUUCCGAAGGAGGAAACUGCCGACUCUUAAAUUGCCCCAGGGUUCAUGGUUGUCAUUCAACAGCUCAUAAAUGAACAGCUUGCACAUUUCUGAGGGAGAUGUUAUAUGUGUCAUUACCAUUACCAGUUAGCAGCUGAGAAAGACAUUGAUUUGGAACAUGGUAAAGAACUGCACACAUUGGAAUAGGGAAAAGACAGUUAUUCAGUGUGUGUAAAUAUAAGUUACUGCUUAAAGAUUUAAGCAAUUACAUGUAUUUCAAAACAAUGCUAGAUUGUAACUAACUUUGUAAAACAGUAGUUAAACUACACGAAAAAAUAUUUUGGAUUUCCAAAACACUUGCUGCCCCUUGCAGUCUAACUGGAGUAAAUUUUAACAGCCAGCUGAAGAUUCUAUAGGUCUAUAAUGAUGUGUUAAUUGGGGGACAGCACCAGCGUUGGAAUGAUUGUUUUGGAGACUGUGUUCAAAUUGGUCAGCAGCCAGUUGGUGUGAAGGUGUGACAAGAGGAGAGACGCUGAAUAUUACCGUCAACUGGAGAUGGGGGAAGGUGUAGCAUUGUAAAUUAUUUGAUAAUUUGGAGAGACAGGGGAGGGCCCACCAAUUUGGAUGGUGACAGUGAUGAGAUAGGAGGGUGAAAAUUGAACCAGCUGUUUUUUGAAGGUCGGAUGGAAAUCAGACUGACAGUUUGGAUGGUGAUAAGUUUGAGUUCUGAGAGAUGGAAGAGCUGACCUGAGAUUUGAAUGGUUGCAAGGUCAGGGAGUAGCUGAUGCUGGGGAUAGGGUGAAAUCGGAAUCUGUGAAGUAUGGGCUUGGGAUCCAGCAGUACAGUGAGGCUGAGUGGAACAAAAGAAUAAGGUAAGUAAAUCACUUACCUGACAGGUUGCUCAGGAAGUAACCCAACAGGUUAUACCAGGAUAAUAGUCCACAUUGCCUAUAAUACUCCAAAACAAGCACUGCCCAGGGAAUGAAAUCAUCAUGGUAUCCUAGAUAAGAAAACCACAUCGGGGUGCAAGGAUGACAGAAACCUGGUAGUUCCCAUUCAGAUUUCUGGAGUAGCAUGAAAUGACUCUAAAUUAAACAUCAUAAUGCUUCACUCUGAAGAAAAUUUAUGAUGUUUAACUGCAUAACACUGAAAAAGACAGUGAAAUGCAAUUGAGUUUUGAGGUCAAUGUUUUUGUAUUAAAUGUUAUUUUUGGAUGUCUUUAUGUUUGUGAAACUCUCAUAUUUUCAUGAUUCAGUAAUUGUACAUGCUAUCAUGGAAUUAGGAAAUGUGCUUUAUGUAAAGUAAUCGACGGCAGAAUCACCAAGUAAACGUUACAGCACUUUUAACAAUGUUCAAUUAAGAACAAUGUCCAUGUUGGAACCAGCCAGUGAAAGAAAUGAAUUUAGAACAGCAUUGUGCUUUUAUUUAAGGUGUGAAGUUGGAAUACGAAUGUAAAUAUUAAGUUUGAGGUCAUGCACAUUCAUAUCCAAGUGGCACAUAGCAAAUGCACUUUAAGGUAAUUUUCUGAUUAGAUUGAUCAUUCAAUAGGUAUAGCACUGCUGCCAAAUAUAAGUUUCCGUCUAUGUCUACUCAAGUCUUUCAAGAUACUGAAUAAAAAGCCAAGCAUUAUAUUAAAUUUUUUGUUUGUUAAAAAUACUGUAUUAUCUUGCCUAACUGUGGCCUAUGAGAUUUUAGUGCAAAAAAAUUGAAAUCUCACCUACAGGUUUCAACUGGUGCACUUUCCAUUCAUUAAAGAAAGACUAAAUUAGGGACGGGGCACUAAUGCAGUAUGUAUUGGUAUUCAAUAAGUGAAGAGUUCCCAAUAAUGAACUCUUCAAAACAGCAGUGCUAAGCAACAACAUGGGUUUGAAAGAGAUUUAUUUUGGCUCUUACAAAGUGUAAGUGAAAACCCAAAGACCAGCUACAUUAUGGGAGCAAAGUCAGUAGCUUCUGAAGGCUGAUGUUGUUCAAAAAAUGAUCUGAUAAUUGACAAAGACGCUCACAGGUUACCUCUCUACAAAACUGCCUGUGCUCAGGGUUUACAAAUAUUACAGAACUUAAGUGUGAGGCAUUGCUUAACAGUUAAGUAGAAUCUCUCUUUUAUGAAAUAUAAUUACAGAACCAGAUCAUUUCCAUAUGUCACGUGAACUCGAGUAAAAGAUAUUCCUUUGUUGUAUUUGAUUUUCCAAUUUUGUGAGCAUGGUAUUUCAAACCCAAGCUAAGAGCAAGCACAACAUGUUCAAUGCUCAAAUAUUAAGCAGUGAUUAUUCCGAUUCCUCAUUUGAGUUGAAAAUAAAAACAAGAAACAUAAAUAUGUUUAAAAAUGUUUUAAAUUGUUGUUUGAAAGAGAAGAAACAAUCGUUAAAUGCUUCAAGAAUGCAUAAAUUUGAAAAACAAAUCUAAAUUUUCCCUUAAUUUGAAUUAAAUAUACCAGCCCCUCACAUUGGUAAUGGAUGUGCCAUUCCCAACUACCAGUAAUAAGUUUCUCAAGUAUCUGUCAGGGUGUUGGUGAGUGUAUGGAUCAAAAGUAAGUUUAUAUUUCUGAGGGUAUGCCACUGACUUAUUUUACUUGUUCUCUAUGUGAUCUCCUCAGGCUAUAAUUCAUGAUUUUGUAAUGGAAUAUUAUCUACUUUCAAUGACAGGUUGAUGACUGGGCUCUGAAAAGUACCUGAGAAAGUUCGCAGUAACGACUUUGACAUUUUUUAUCUCUUGCAUUAAAAAUUAUAAAUAAUAAUGCAUUUUCAGAUUAUAUAAUGUAAAUACUUCCAACUCCCACUAAGUAUUACUUUUCGUUUUGUUGAAUGAAAUUUGUUUUCUUUUCCAUCCUCUUUUGGUUUACUACUGCUUCUUAUCUUUUUAUGUGAUAUAUUCACUUUUUCACUCUAUCUUUAUUCUCUCAUUUCAACAAUCUCUCAAUUGUCUGUCAAUGUUUAUCGAGAGAGAAGUAGCAACACUAGGUCUUGGAUAAAUUAAAACCAGUGUAUCAGUACUUUAAGUGGCCGUCAUUGGUAGUUCUUGCUUCUGGGCCUGAAGUGAAAGGAAGGUAAAAUACCCUGUUUGAUCUGGGAGAGCAAUUAGUUUUCUAUAAGAGUGCAAUUCAUUGGUGAGUAUAUGUACAUACAAAGAUAGCACAAUGCUCAAAUUUCAUAGGAUUUUUGAGGUUUGAGGCCCUCCCUUGGUCAUGGUCGACCAUGAAAGUUGCAUCCUCUCUACGCUUUUGGUGCAUUGCCACCAGUAAGCAAGCCAAGGAAGUGCGAUACGGAGAGCAAGCUGUUGCCCGUGCAGCAGGCUCCCCUUCUCCAUACAGCUGAUGAAUCCAAAGGAACAGCUGACACCGAUACAGUUUGGCACCGGUGGUAUCGCAAGAGUUGCCAGUCAGCGUUGAUAUUUUGAGGACGGUCUUUCUAAAUGAGCAGCUCUCCUGCAAACCCAUCAAGAUAAGCAAGCUGAGUAUUUUAUCAAAAUAAUUCUACACCAGCAGAAUGCACAGAAAAAUACAGCAGUCAAAUAUUGUUGCUCACUGCUCAGUGCGAGAAAUAAAGGGCUAACUCUUGCUGUGCUUUCCCGGGAAACUGUUUUCCCUGCACUUUAGCUCUGUACAUUUCCAAGACAACUUCUUUCUGAAAUAAUGCAGCCAAGUUGUGAUUGCAGGCCUGUUGUCAACAUUCUCUAAUCAAAUAAGCAACACCAUUUAAAACAGAAUCUUCUUGCUCCCUUAGUUGAUAGACUCUCAGCUCCUUCACUGCAACCAAACCACGUACUGUAGUUCUUUUUUUGUCCUUUAUCCCUUAGCAAGCAACAAAGAAGAAACAAACCCAUAAGAGAUAGAGGCAGAAUUUGGCCAUUCAGCCUUCAACCAAGUUCUCCUGCCUUCUUUCUGUAACCUUUGUCUCACUUUCUAAUCAAGAAUGUAUCAACCUCCACUUUAAAUAUAUCCAAUGACUUGGCCUCCAUGGCUGAAUGUGGCAAAGAAUUCCACAGAUUCACCAACCUCUGGCUAAAGAAGUUCAUCCUCAUCUCUGAUCUAAUGGUACAUCUAUCUAUUAUGAGGCUGUGCCCUCUGGUCCUGGACACCCAAUAUGGGAGACAUCCUCUCCACUAUAUCGAGAUCUUUCAAUAUUCAAUAGGUUUCAAUGAGAUCCCCUUCAUUCUUCUAGACAGCCACGAAUACAUACCCAAAGCCAUCAAAUAUUGAACAAACAUGCAUCAGAUCAAAUCAGCAAGGAUCGUGCUUGGCAGCCCUCAAAUCUUUCCAGUCUUCCGGCACCAACAUAGCAUGUCCAUAAUUUAUUAACCCUAAAUGUACAUCUUUGAAAUGGGGAGGAAACUGGAAUACCCCGAGGGUAGAACAUACAAACUCCUUACAGACAGUGGCAGGAGUUGAAUCCUGAUCCUCUAUCUGGCAUUGUAAUGGCAUUAUGCGAACUGCUACAUUACAGUGUAGUGUAAGAUAAUGUAAGCAUAUAGCUUUCAUAUCAUUACUAUAGAUGUGUCGUGGUCAUAUGCCUCUCCACCCUAUUUUCAGAUAACAAUAUGAUGAUGGCUCCUUUCAGAGAUGGAGAUCAGGAACCAUUUAUCAGGACUCCUAUAAAACCAUAAGAACUUUAGUCAGAAAAACUUGUAUUAUGUUAAUACAUGAUAUGGCAAGUUUCUAUACAUAAGCAAAUAAUAACAUUUAUUUAUUAUUUUAAUAUGUUCCAGAAGUGGCCAGAAAGAUGAUGAUUUGUCUUGGAUUCCUCCGGAGAUCCCUAGCAUUACAGAUGCUGAUAAUAACCCAGCUCUCAGCCAACUUGAUUGACACCAAGUGAUAUCAAGACAUGGUUGAAAGCACUAGAAACUGCAAAGGCUGUUAGACUAGAACACAUUUCAGCUGUAGAAUGAUCUAUACGCAAGAACAAGCUGAGUCCUCCAUUUAGCUGUUGGAAUACAAUGUCAACACAGGUGUAAACCAGACAGCAAUGUUCUGAUCACAAAAAAAAGGACAAAUCCAAUCUGGCAAAUUAGCACCUAAUCCUUCUAUGCUCAAUGAUCUAUGGCAUGUAGGGAAGGUUUCAGCAACCGUACCAUUAAGUAGUACUUACUCAGGAAUAACUUGCUCACCCCCGAUGCAUUGUUUAGGACUCACCAGGACCUUGCUCUAAACGUGAGAAUUCCAGAGUUUAUGUGAGUUACUUCCCUUGAUAUCAAGACAGCAUUUGACCAAGUUUGGCAGCAAGGUGCCUGGGUAAACUAAAGUCUAUGAGCAUUAGGAGAAGACACUCCUGUGGUUGGAGUCACACCUCCCAAAAACUAAGAUGGUUGUGGUUGUUGGAAAUGAGCUACCCCAGUCCUAGGACAUAAGUUCAGAAGCUCUUAGGGCAAGCAAUGUCAUAGGACUAACAUCUCAACAGCUUUGUCAAUGAUCUUCCUUCAAUCAUAAAUUCCAGAAGUUAGGAAUGUUCUCUGCUGAUGCACAAUGUUCAUUUCCAUUAGCAAGCCUUUGGAAAAUGAAGUCACCCAAACCACCAAGAUGAAACGCAUACGAUUAGAAAACAAAGGAAGUUGUUUGGCAAAAUGAAGACAAUCUUCAGGUCUGCACUGAUAGGCGGUAAUGAUUCAGUUUUGCCUGCUCAUUCUGCGUUCCACUAUCCUAUUGAUAAUCUGUAUGUCUGUCACUUGUCCACACAACAUUAUGCCACUAGAUCUACCAAUCCAUCCACAGAUACUCCUUUUUUUUAUGAGACAGGUUGGAGCCCAUCAUUUAAAACCCUAUAAAUACUAUUGAAUAUACUACUGCUAAAACCCAUUAACAAAAUUCAAAAAUAAAUUUGUUUUAUUACCUUGGAAAAGAUCGGAAGGCUUUGAUGACAUGCCAUGAUGGCACCCACUUCCAUCUCCAAGCAUUAUUGCUCUUCCUUUCUAGUUGUGAUGUACUGCUGUGAAACACAAAUACCAAAUGAAGGAGCAAAGUAUGUCACUGGUAAUGGAAGGAGAUAUGUGGUAUUGGUAUUUGUUUAUUAUUGUCACAUGUACCAAGGUACAAUGAAAAGUUUAUCCUGCAUACUGUCUAUUCAGAUCAAAUUAUUGCACAGUGCAAUGAUCAGGAUAAGGAAAAACAUUAACAAUGCAGAAUAAAGUGCAAAAGCUGAAUAAAAAAAGUACAGAGCAGAUAAUUGGUGUGUCCUUGGGCCUAGUGGUAUGUGCUUUUAAGCUUUUUGUAUCUUCUGCCCAAUGGGAGCAAGCAGAAGAAAGAAUGCUUGGGGUGGGUAGUGUCUUUUCUUAAGCUGGCUGCUUUACUGAGGCAGUGAGAAUGUUACUGUCUCACUAAAUUGUUUAAAACUCAGUAAUAGACCCUUUGUUUUUGAUAAUAGCUUUCUUUUCCCACAGGUGAGUGCCUUUUGUGUAUUGUAUUCAACAAUCAAGUAAUUUUGGUGUUCAUGUUUAAAGUGAUAGGCGGGUAAAACAGCUGCAGGUUAGAUGUGAUUGUUCUACAUCUUGCUUGGUAUGGAGCCAUCAAACAUUCCUAGGGUAGUUGUGUUAUAUUUAAGGUAAAGGAUUUCUAAUAUUGCUGCAAUUAUCUUAAAACUUAAGAGUUUCUAAAACAUCAGAUAUGAUUACCAUUGAAAUCAAUUCCAAUGGUACUGUCCUUGAGCUUGUCUGAAUGUGCUUAUCCAGUUACUGCUGAACAGCUGUAAAUUUUAUAUUGAGAACUUGUAUGUUCUAAUUAAAAUUCCUUGGUUCACAAAUCACUUAACUGUGUGAUUUCUGAAUUAUUUACCUGUAUCACAUGAUUAUUUCCAAAUGUGAAAGAAAUUCUGGGAUUUCUCUUCCCUAUAAUUUAGUUUGUAGUACUGCUGAAUGUAAUAUAAUUAUGUAUAUGUAUAACUCUGUCAUUGAAUGAAAUUUUAUAAAACCUGGGAAACAUUUUUUUGCAUUUAAAUCUAUAAGAUCCAGAGCCAUAGUGCAAAUUACAUCUAUAAUUGCUAUUAUAAGAUCCUAAUAUAUAGGGACAACGGAGCUUCACAACGAGAAGACAGAUCAAAAUCAUAAAGUAUGAGGGAAGUCGAUUUGGAGUUUAAGGAAUUUUUGUUGUUAAAUGAAAUAAUGGUUCAUCAUUAGUGACAGAAAAUGUCAAAAAAGUAUUGACAGUACGAGGUUGGACCAGUUCAACUGAUUAAAAUUAUUAAGUGUCUAUGUUAGCACUAGUAGACAGUAUUUCAUUUGAGUGAGCUCUGUGUUCCCAUUGUUCACUUGGCAUAGUCUGCAUUGCUUUUUAUCUACAAUUUUGUAUCUUAUUAGUAAUGUAUGUUUAUUUGUAUGCAACAAGUAUACACAAAUGAUUUUACUUCACUAAAAUUUAUACUGAUGUUAUUGUGUCUUGUAUGUUUUAAAGCAUAGCUAGAAAAAUGAAAUAAUUGUAUUAGUGCUAGUUAACAGAGUACCAUACAAAUUGUGACCAACAGACUGUUCAUUUUCUUUUAAAUAUUCAAGUCACUUCAAGACUAUUGAAAAUCAUGAUUUUUUUGUCACAUUACCAGCUUAUGAAAUUCCAUCU